CAACCCCACAUUUCUUAGCAACAACCCAAUUAUUCAUUUCAUUUCUGUUCAAUUGUCUUCAAUUAAGUUUCUUCUUUAAAAAAAAUACAAUGGCUAGAAUCCAAAGAAAGCUUUUCCCAACAGAAACUACCACAAACCAAACAUUAGAUUGUUAUGGCUUUUGUGACCCUUCAUGUCCUUCAAAUUGUUACACUAAUGGAAAUUACUAUUUCUCACCCCCACCACUAGAACACACAACACAAGUUUCCUCCUACUUCAUCAUCCUCAUUUCAUUAUUCUCAUUGAUUUUUAUCAUCAUUGGUUUUUAUGUGAUCAAAGUGAAAUGCUAUAAUGAAAUGUGUGGUUGGAGAAUUAAUAACUCUAUUCGCUCACAACCCGAAAACUCUGAAGAAUUUCUCAAUGAAAAUCAGGGUGAUCCCAAUCACGAUCACCCUGUGUGGCUCAUUGCUACAGUUGGUUUGCAACAAUCGAUUAUAAAUUCAAUUACGGUUUGCAAGUAUCGAAAAAAUGAAGGGUUAAUUGAAGGAACAGAAUGUUCUAUUUGUUUGAAUGAGUUUCAUGAAGAUGAAACUUUAAGACUAUUACCAAAGUGUAGUCAUGCUUUUCACAUAUCUUGUAUUGAUACUUGGUUAAGAUCUCAUACUAAUUGUCCUCUUUGUCGAGCCGGUAUUGUUUCCAACAAUAUUAAUCCCGAAGUAACCGAAUCGAAUUUCGGACAAGAAAAUAACAACUUGGGAAGAAAUCAAGAUACUCAAAUGGAUAAUAAUCCAAGGAAUGAUCAACAAGGUGUGGUAAGUAACAAUAUUGUUAUCAAUGUGGCAUUUGAAAAUAGGGUUGGAACAAUAGAGGAAUCAAGUGAUGAAUCAAAUUACAACAAGGAGCAAAUUAUGAAUGAUGAGAUGAAAAUUGAGGAGGGUUCUGUUUCAACUCAUCCUAGAAGCCAUCUUUGGAAGGUUAUUACUCAAAAAAAUAGUAAAACAAUGCGUAGGUGUUCAAUUGAAGAGCUUUUGCAUAUAAGGCCAGUAGCUAUGAAAAAGUCUUUCACUCUACAUGGAAGGAAGAGUUUUAAAACAAGAUAUGUGACUAUGAAUUAAAGAUGAUUCAUG